AUGACGUCCCGGUCAAAGGAAAAGGUGGCAGCUGCCUUUCGUAAGCUGUUCCGCUCUCCAGAGAAGCUGGACAAUGACGGUGCAGGGCCGAGUGGGUCCCCAGCGCGCCGUGGAUUGCUGCGACGACACAGGGAUGGUGUAAGUCCGGCAGAGGCAGCAGCUGCAAGUCUGCCAGCAAGUCCUACGGCAACAAGCCUUGUCAAGAAGAAGGCAGGCGGAGCCAAUGAGGUGCGCGAGCGCGCUGCUGCUGUGCGUACGCGCAGACUUAUGAAAGAAUUAAAAGAAAUCCAACGAAUACAGAACAGCAGGCCUGAUCCUGUAUUCACGGUGGAACUUGUAAACGACAAUCUAUUCGAAUGGCACGUCCGCCUGCAUCAGAUAGAUCCGGAGAGUGAGCUGUCCAGCGAUCUCCGCGAGCUUCACAUUCCACACAUACUGUUGCAUCUGAUAUUCCCUGAGAACUUCCCCUUCGCACCGCCCUUUAUGAGGGUCAUCGAACCUCGGAUAGAGAAGGGUUUCGUUAUGGAAGGUGGUGCAAUUUGUAUGGAACUGCUAACCCCGCGCGGCUGGGCUUCCGCGUACACGGUAGAGGCUGUGGUUAUGCAGUUCGCGGCGUCCGUAGUGAAGGGUCAGGGCAGAGUGGCGCGGGCGCCACCGAGACCCUCGUGCGAGUUCACGCGCCGCCGCGCAGAAGAAGCAUUCCGUUCCGUCGUCAAAACCCAUGACAAGUACGGUUGGGUCACGCCGGCACUCUCCGAUGGUUGA